AUGCUCGAAAAAACAUACGACUAUAAUAGAGCGGCUGACCCGAGAAUGAAACGCGAUGAGUCGGUAAAGAGCAUCCAACAGUUCAGAGCCGGCAGGAGCGAGCGACCGUCGGGGUUCGCUUUAGGCUGGCGACAGAACUCGCUCACUAUAAGCGCGUUCGCUCAGCAUUCCGCUUAUUUAACUGAAAAAGCUCGCAACAAAGAAGUUGAAGAGCAACAAGAACAGUCAGCGCCGGUUUCCUGGUUUCAUCUAUUCAGGUACGCAACACCAUGGGAACUGCUGCUGCUGGUGGUUGGCGUGAUCCUGGCGACACUGAACGGGCUCUUCGUUCCGAUCGGCGUGAUCAUUUACGGCGAGUUCACGGCCCUCCUCAUAGACCGCACAGUGAUGGUUGGCACUUCGAAUCCAACCAUCACCAUAGCUAUGUUCGGUGGCGGUAGAGUGUUGACAAAUGCUAGUGCUGAAGAGAACCGGAUAGCCUUGAUCGAGGACUCGCAAGCCUUCGGCAUCGGAUGUACGGUGUUCUCAGUCAUCCAGUUCAUAUGCGGCGCCGUCAGUGUCGACCUCUUCAAUUACGCAGCGCUCAAACAGAUCGAUAGAGUAAAAGAGAAGUUCCUGCAAGCGGUUCUCCGGCAAGAUAUCACAUGGUACGACCUAAAUACAACCAUGAACUUCGCUACCAAGGUGUCUGAUGACGUGGAAAAGUAUCGCGAGGGAAUUGGCGAGAAGGUUGCGAUGUUCGUGUACCUGGUGAUGUCCUUCGUGACCGCCGUCAUCAUCUCGUUGGUGUACGGAUGGGAGCUCACGCUGGUCAUUCUGUCGUGCGCGCCAAUCAUCAUUGCCACAACAGCUGUCGUUGCGAAGGUACAAUCAUCACUGACCACACAAGAGCUAAAAGCGUACAGCAUCGCUGGCGUCAUUGCCGAAGAAGUCUUGUCCUCUAUUCGAACAGUGGUCGCUUUUGGCGGGGAAGAAAAAGAAAUAGAAAGAUAUUCGGUACGCCUAGAUCCCGCUAAGAAGACCGGCACGAGGAAGGGAGUGUAUUCCGGGAUGGGUAGUGGGUUUAUGUGGCUAAUCAUAUAUAUGACGUAUGCACUUUCGUUCUGGUACGGUGUUGGACUUAUUCUUGACGGUAGACAUGAAGUGGUCCCUGUUUAUACGCCGGCCGUAUUGAUGAUUAUUUUCUUCAGUGUACUGCAAGGAGCCCAGAAUGUAGGCCUGACAUCGCCUCACAUCGAGGCUAUGGCGAGUGCUAGAGCAUCUGCUGCCGUGAUCUUUAAAGUUAUAGACCGAAAGCCAGUCAUAGACAGUUUAUCUACGGAAGGAAGCAAACCAAUACUCGACGGGCAGCUGGAACUAAAGGAUGUAUACUUCCGAUACCCAGCACGACCCGAUGUUCAGGUGUUGAACGGGCUGUCACUGAAGAUCAACCGGAACGAGACGGUGGCACUGGUGGGCCCGAGCGGCUGCGGCAAGUCGACGGUGCUUCAGCUGCUGCAGAGGAUGUACGACCCGGAGUCGGGCGCCGUGCUCGCCUCCUCGAACGAUCUGCGCGGCCUGAACGUGCGCCAUCUGCGGAACCACAUCGCCGUGGUCGGUCAAGAGCCGGUGCUCUUCGCGGGCUCCAUAAAGGAGAACAUUCGAUUAAGUAAUCCAAAAUGCACGGAUGAAGAAAUAAUUAUAGCUGCGAAACAGGCUUACUGUCACCACUUCAUAAAAAAUUUACCUGAAGGCUACGACACGAUGAUAGGGGAGAGGGGCGCCCAGCUUUCUGGUGGGCAGAAGCAGCGCAUCGCGAUCGCACGCGCCCUAGUGCGCCGCCCAAAGAUCCUGCUUUUAGACGAGGCCACUUCGGCGCUCGAUUCACACAGCGAGGCCAAGGUGCAGAGAGCCCUCGACGCCGCCGCCCACGGCAGAACCACCGUCAUGGUGAGCCACAGGUUGGCCACAGUUCUCAACGCAAAUCGUAUUGUCUUCAUUGAAAAGGGCGAAGUUAUAGAAGAGGGAACCCAUGAAGAGUUGAUGGCACAAAGGGGGCGAUACUAUCAACUCGUGCUAGAAAAUGAGCCUAGUAUCGCGCCAAAUGCGGAUAAUUCGGCAGACAAUACGGACAAACCCAAACAUACAAGAAUAGCGCGGCCGAUGUUACAAAAGUUGGCUUCGAUCGAUUCAAUAAAAAGCAACACCGCCUCAGAGGAUUCGGGCUCCGAAGACAGCGUGGUGAUGGAUGAGAAGAAGGAAGAAGAAUUCAAACCGACCACGUGGCAGAUUAUGAAACUCUGCGAGCCUGAGAAGUGGCUGAUGGUGGGAGGUGUGAUCGCGGCUAUUGCCGUAGGAUCCUCUUUCCCAUGUUUCGCAAUAUUGUUUGGUGAAACGUACGGUCUUUUGGAGAACCCAGACGAAGAGUUCGUGCGCACAGGGACAAACAUAAUUGCAAUACUGUUCUUAGUGGUAGGCGUAUUUACUGGCAUCGGCAUAUUCUUCCAGAUAUUCAUCUUCAAUUUAACUGGCGUCCGAUUGACAGCCCGUUUGAGGGUCGGUGCCUUCAGAGCCAUGCUGCAGCAGGAAAUAGGUUGGUUCGAUGAUCCAGUAAACGGUAUCGGAGCUCUUUGCUCAAGACUGGCUGCUGAUGCUGCAGCGGUACAAGGUGCUACUGGUACCAGAAUUGGCGCCCUCAUGCAAGCCUCAGCCACCAUCAUCAUUGGCAUCGUACUCUCCAUGUACUAUACGUGGCAGAUGACCCUGGUCUCACUCAUAUCGGUACCCAUGGUGAUCGGUGCUGUAGUGCUCGAGGGUCGUGUCCUGGCAGAAGGCAUCUCCACAGUACGGGAGGCUUCUAACAGGGCCACUACAAUAGCUACGGAAGCUAUUACAAAUAUUCGAACUGUAUCAGCUUUUUGUGGAGAGGAGGGCGUGCUGACCCGUUAUAGGGAAGCUGGCGUCAGUGCGGUGGCGACGGCGCGACGCAGUAUGAGGUGGCGCGGCUCGGUGUUCUCGUUUGGGCAGACAGCGCCGGUUGCGGGCUACGCCCUUUCCCUUUGGUACGGCGGCGUGCUCGUUGCCAACAAGGAAGUGCACUACAAGUCUGUCAUCAAAGUAUCGGAAGCACUGAUCUUCGGCGCUUGGAUGAUGGGACAGGCGCUUGCAUUCGCGCCCAACUUCGGGGCGGCCGUGCUAGCAGCUGGAAGAGUCAUGACGCUAUUAGCGCGGCAGCCACGGGUGAGCAGCGCGCAUGCGCCCUCUGUUCCCGAAAACUAUGUCGCAAAUGGCAAGAUUCAAUACAAGAACGUUAAGUUCCGCUACCCGACACGGCGAGAGGUUGAAGUACUGCGUGGCCUGUCGCUAAUUAUACCAAGUGGAAAGCGAAUUGCCCUCGUGGGUCCAAGUGGUUGUGGCAAGUCCACAUUGAUACAGCUACUGCAAAGGCUAUAUGAUCCAGACGACGGAUAUGUGUAUUUAGACGACAACAGCAUAACGGGUGACAUGCGGCUGUCUACGCUAAGGAAGAAUCUGGGCAUCGUGUCUCAAGAGCCCGUCCUCUUCGACCGCACCAUAGCUGAGAAUAUCGCUUACGGCGAUAACACCAGGGACGUACCAAUGGAGGAGAUUGUGAAAGCGGCAAAAGCUGCCAAUGUGCAUACUUUUGUUGCCGCCCUACCCACUGGCUACGACACACGGAUCGGGGCGCGCGCGUCUCAGCUUUCCGGAGGGCAGAAGCAACGGAUCGCCAUCGCGCGAGCGCUUGUGCGCAACCCGCGCGUCCUCCUGCUCGACGAGGCCACUUCAGCCCUCGACACGCAUAGUGAAAAGGUGGUACAAGAGGCCCUGGACCGGGCCAGUGAGGGCCGCACCUGUCUGAUAAUCGCCCACCGCCUGGCCACAAUCCAGAAUGCGGACAUCAUCUGCGUCAUAGACAAGGGGGUGAUCGCAGAGAUGGGCACGCAUAUGGAGCUCAUCGCCAAGAAAGGAAUCUACGCACGGCUAUACGAGCUGCAAUGCGGCUUCGUGGAGGAAACAGAGGAAAAUGUCGAAAGUGCAGCCGCA